ACGUGUUCUGGUAGAGAAUUCCAUGUGAAUGCUUGAAAGCCAACCAAUAAAACUAGAUAAUCAGAUUCAGCUACCUUUUUUCUGAUAUUAGUUUUCAAACGUGUUGAUUCUGCAUCGUCAAAACACCGUUUAUACAGUCAGUCUGUUUGCAGGAUUCACUGAUAUGUUCUUACGAUUCUGUCACCAGUUAUAAAUUCUAUGUCUCUUUAGAUUACCAUGUGUCAUGUUUACGAAGUUUAGAAACCCGUUCUACUUUGAUGCAAUGAAAAUAAAGUCUUAAACCCAGUCGUCCAAAAUUUGGAUUCAAGCUCUCUGAACGUGGUGCCAAAUGCUGCAUAUGAUUGUUUCUAGUGUAUCUUGCUCACGCCUAAUAUACUGUUUGAUGCCGACUUGUGUAUGUCUGGCCUCAUCACUUUAAUGGCUAAGAUUCACUCAUAAAUAGAGCGAAAGUUAUGCGGAUACAAAAAUAAUUCUUUAGUCGUUAUGAAGUAGGGUUUGACAUAAAUAUACAUAUGGGAUAACAUUUAUUUAACAAAUCAGGUACUAAUCUUUUUAGGUUAAUAUUUUGAGAACCAUCUCAAUUGACAUCAUCUGUUACUAAAAUAUCUCAUGAAUUUGUUGUUACGGUGUACUACUGUUAAUCACCCUGUUGUUUCAUGAAUUUAGUUUCCUGUUUUGUCUUCUCGUUUAUUCUGUGUCAUCACACAACACAUUCCUACCUUACGGUACUUAUCUUUAUCAUAUUCUUGUAGUGUUACCGUAGCAUGGUGAUUAGGAUCGUCAUACAUCCAAACAAGGCUCUACUUUGAUGAUGACUGGUGACCAAUGAAUUGAUCUUUCGUUUACUAAAAUAUGUGUCAAUAUCACCGUAAGAAAGCUUGUCAAAUGAAGUUGAAUAUGAACAAAACGUUCAGCGUGUUUCAUUCAGUUUCUUCUAGAAAUAGUCUGUGUUUUUGUAACGACAAACUACUGACAACUAAAUAUAAAACCUGCAAAACCUACUAUGAUAUUUUGAAUACAUGGAGUCAAGAUUUGGAGAAAUUCAUUAAUUUUCACUUAAAUAAAUAAAAUGUUCCAUAACAAUAGGCAUUGAACUCUAUUAAUAUCCUGAAUUGAGAUAAACAGCCAAAACAAAUCAACCUUUACGUUAAUGUACGUGUGUGCAUUUGGUCAUGAGGUGUUAGUGAUUCUCUUCGAUUGCGUAGACAUAAAUAGGUGAAAUAGAGUUGGAAUGUGUGAGUUGUGGUUAAAAUUCGAGUGUUUCAAACAAUAACUUGCUAAUUCAUACAUUAUUACUUAAUGGUGUACUAAAAUUGCUGCUGUACUGAUGUAAUGGUAAAAUUCAUCAAUAAAGUAACGGAUCCGUUUAGCUUUGAUAAAUUACGGUCGUCAAUGUCAUAAAGUUACUUGUGUUUUUUUUACAGUAAAUGGUCUUCUUUUGGAGUAACCUGCACUCCUUGUGGAUGACUCUUCAAUGUAGACCUUUCCGCCAGUCCUCUCUGCGUAUUUUUACAAAAUUAAAGUGCUAAAGACUAGCCAAUAAGUAUUCGCACCAGUUUUGCAUAUUGAUUAGUUUUUUAAAUACGCCAACAAAAUAAAGACAGGAUAUUUCAAGCUUUGUCUGACUAAACUUCACAGAUGUGCCUCUUCUGCCAGACUUUUAUUUCAAUGUAUGCGUAUCCCAUAUCUUUAAAGGCACCUAUAUUUGUUUUGUGUUUAAAAUUUGCUGAUAAGAUCAGUAUUUUUCCUUGUUAGAUAAAACUAGUUAGCGCAAUUUCUUUUUAAUGAAUGCUGAAAAUGUCUUCUGUGACAAAGUACCGUUCAAAAUCCUUCCCGAACUUGUCUGUUUUGGGAGAUUAACCAGUGAUCAUUACGUGCUCGCGUUCGUUACGUCUUCAGACAAAGUUUACAUUUAUAAUCCAAAAUUUUACCAUUCUUCUGAAGGUAUCACUAAAAUCUCAUCCCAAGAUUUUAUUAAAUGUAGUAGUAUUCAUUCAAUAUGUGCAAUUCAUACAGGAAAAUUUGAGCAUAUUUCAAAUCGAAAUGAUCUACUAAUAAUUGGAUCAAAAUAUGGUGUUCUAAUCUAUGAUCCAGUAAAUAAUGUGGAUAUAUUUUGGAAAGAAUUAAAAAGUAAUGGUGUAAACACAAUUUUGUACAAACAUUUUGAUGAACGGUAUAAACAGUAUAAAGAUACCGACAUUAUAUUUAUUGGGGGUCAUUGUUCAUUGAUUGGAUUGAAUUAUUCAGCGAAAGAAUUAUUUUGGACUGUAACUAGUGAUAGAAUAACUGCAAUAACUUGUUUAUCUUAUGAAAACGAUGAAGAAUAUCUCAAUGAUAUUGUUGUUGGUUCUGAAGAUUAUACUAUACGUAUAUUUCGUAAUGAAUUCAUUAUUCAUGAAAUAUCAGAAACAGAUGCAGUAAUAAAACUUAUUUCACUUGGUGGUGAGUAUUUUGGUUAUGGUUUGAGAAAUGGUACUAUCGGUGUAUACAAUAGAGUGAAUCGUGUAUGGCGUAUUAAAUCAAAAAACAAACCUAUCUGCUUUGUCAGUCAUGAUAUAAAUUACGAUGGAUAUCCAGAACUAAUUUGUGGUUGGAACAAUGGAAAAGUAGAUGCUCGUUUGCGUUCUAAUGGAGUAGUUGUAUUUAAAAUUCAACUAGAUGAUUGUGUCGCUGGUAUGACAGUGGGUGAUUACUAUGGUUUUACCGAUGUAUUGCUUGUUUGUACCAUUGAAGGUGAUAUACGUUGUUAUUCUUUACGUCGAUCGAAGAAUGAGUUUAAUUCAGAAUCAUCUGAAGAUGCUUUACGUCAUUUAAUCACUAAAAGACAGAAUUUAUUAUUGGAGAUUCAAAGUAUCGAUCAAAAUAGCAAUUUAUCCCAGUGGAGUAAGAAUGAUGUUCGUCAAGCAAACCUUAAUAUCAUUAAAGCUAAUACAGAAUUACAGACUAAACUGGAAGUUUCUCCUGAUAAACCAUGUGUUAAUUUGACAAUUCAAACAAAUGAUGGUACACUUUUAAGAUGUAUAGUAUUGUUUGCUGAAGGUAUUUUCAAAGACGAAAGUCAUGUUAUACAUCCUCCAGAGAAUGUUCCUUAUACGUCCACGUUUUCAAUUGAAUUAUAUCCAAAAAGAGAUAUAGCAACUGAUAUAUUCAUCAAAGCAUAUGCGAUACCGAUAAAGAGAUGUUCAGACCAAAACUCCUACUACUUAUUGGCUAGCACACAACUGUUGCCGCAGUUUUGCCUUUAUCGAUUACUCAGUCAAAAUCCUAAACUAGACUUUCAGGCCGAUUCGGAUAGUGUGCGAUCAGGAGUCUUUUUCGUAGUUCAUGAACGACCUCAGAGGCUUGCUAUUUGGUUAAAUCAAAAUUUUAUACUGGAAUCAGAAAUUACAGUCAAUGAACAAUCUUCAUUGUUUGUUGUUUUUGAAGAAUUACGCUCACCUAACAAAUGGAUUUCAACAAUAAAUAAUAAUUUGAAUAAUUUUGUUGUAGAACAAGAAAAUGCCAAACGUUUAUUAUACAUAACUAUGACAAAUAAAGGUGAAAUUACAAUCAAAACUGAAAAUCUAGAAUUAGCUGCAAACUUAGUUCAAUCAAUCAGUCGACAUUUCAAUAUAACAGAACUUUCAAGCACAUGUGAUUUUCCAAAACUGUUUAAUACAUUAGAAGAACUAAUUGAAAUGUCUAACGCUUAUUCUUUAACUCAACAACAAGUUUUGAUGGAUAUGACAACUAAAUCGGAUAAUAUUAAAAGAUUAGUUGUCAAAGCAGAAGACUAUCGAUUAGCCGGUAAUUGGAAAUCCAUGAAAAAAACAAUCCAACUAUUGUCAAUCUCCAAUCAUGAUAUUAUGUCGAAUUAUCAUUCACGAAUUACUAAUUAUGAAGCUUCAAUGAAUUAUUUAAAAUAUAUUAAUCAAAUCAUUGAACAUGUUAGUUCAUUAAGAGUUGGAAAGUUUAAAACAAAUGUGAUAACCAUGUGUCAUAAUGCAUUGAAAGAAAACAAUAUUGGAGCAUUGAAGAAAAUUUUUCGAACCGGUUCAAACUAAAAUUUUAUUCCUACAUGUACAUGUGUUCUGUGUGAAUCGUUCGUUUAAAUAAUAAUAAAGUUCAUUGUAUUCCACUUUCAUCGUUCACAAAAUAAUGAGGGUGUUCAAUUUUCAACGGAAUUUCACUGAUAUUGAACUUUAUAAACUAACUAAAGAUAAUGGUAUAGAUUAGAGGUAGGAUCGCUUUAACUUAUUAAAUCUAUAUGUGUUGAAAUUUUCAGGUUUUGCUGCAAUCAAAAGUUAUGUUAUUAUAUAUCAGACGGAUCUUCACAACAUCAUCACGCGUUUCAUUCAAAUUGAGAUUGUAAAUAUCACUUCCCAUGAUAAUGAUGCAUGAACCUAGCACUCUUCUCCACAAAUAUCAAAUCACUAUCGUACGACGACCUUAUGCAUAUCGUCAUAAACAAAUCAAAUUUUCACAAAUAAUGAUAGUCGAAGGUUCACAUUCUGUAAAUACGAUGGACAAUGUGUGAAUAAUUCGUUUAGUAUCAUUUAAAAUCAUGGAGAUAUUGGAACGAAUCUGUAAAAUUUUACUACUGUAUUAGAUUAGUAUCAUUAUUAUUGUCAAUAAAAGUGCUUAACUUCAUUUGAGGAAUCUCAGACGAAUAAAUUAUUGGGAGUGUGUGGUCUAAAUUUUGAUUGUGAAUUACACUUUCUGUAGAUUCAAGUUAUUCUCCAUAUAGCUAUACUCAAUCAUGUAAAAUCUAGGAUGUAAGACUCACAAUAAUUGUAUGAUUGGUUUGUCUGAUUAUAAUAAUCUAAUUGAAUAGGGUAUUUAAUAGUAGACAGUGUUUAUGACUGUCAUCUCACCGGAUGUUACAAAUUACAGGACAAUUGAAAAAUGAAAAAAGCAGGAGCACAACCUUGAAUGCUCCUACUUGGGUACUGAGAAAUUGAAUGGUGUAAGAAAUUAGACUUUAUGAAAAGUAUUUCAAACAAGAAUACAUAUAAUGAGGAUGUGCGAACUACUUAGCGUUUCGGAACAAGACAAGUUACAGUCGAAUAUAUGAAACUCUAACCAAUGCAAAUCACUUAUAAAAUAGAGUGAUAAACUCGAGAAAUACAUUAACAAACUAAACAGAAAGUUUAUUCUCCAAUAUUUGAAGAUAGGACAUUAUCACUUUGUAUACGAUUACUAGAGUAUAAUUAGACGUAGACCAUACUCAUGGUUAGUGGCAGUUAGUCGACUGUUGAUGGUCCUCGCUGAACCUGUUAGAGAAGUCAGUCCGAACAACAGAAUCACGUUUACAAUACGAAAUCAAAACGAAGAGUAUAUCUAUAAAACAGUACUAUUCUCAGCGACAACAUAGAGAAUACAUUUUACAAACCUUUCUUGUGAAGUUUGUAAGGCUUUUGUACGCGUCAAAUUACGAUCAGAGAAGAAAUGCUCCUUAAAAUUGUUACAUAAAUGUAAUCUACAACGUACAUACCAUAAGCUAGAUAACAAUUAGCUACUUUUCUGAAUUCAACAACGGUAGACAACAAAUCGAAACGAAAAUUCUGCACAAUAAGUAUGGAAAACUUUGUAAAUAAACAACCAUUCUACCAACGGAUAAGAAUAAAAAUAAUUGUUGAGGAUGAUAAAAGAAUAUGAUUGCUGAAAUGAGUUGAUCAAAUGUCAUGAAUUUAUGAGAUACCACACAAUAACAGAAACUGUCAUAUUUCCUAAACUCAUUGACAAUGACAAUUU